AGUUUGUUCAUGUUGGAAUGAUCUCCAGCAUUUCAUUUGUUUGUUCAAUGGGAUAUUAUCAUUUUUUUGACUGUGUACACAGUUUUUCACUCUCAAUAGGAAAAGUGUGGGCAGAAGAUAUUUGAAGAGGUAAAAAAAGGGUUCCAAAUAAAACUCACACAUCAGAGUGUUCACGAAGAGAUUGGUACAGUAUUGCCUCGCAAAAUGACUUUUGGCGUUUCUCCACUGUUACUUGUGCUACUCCUGUUAUCUGUGUAUGGAUCAUCACAUGGUUGCCUGCAGGAUUCUGCCUCAGCAUACAGAUUCAGUGGAACAGUGUGCCGUCUCACAUACCCUGCAGCAGUUGUGUUGAAUGAAAAAACCACCAAAGUGAUAGAGGCAGCAUUCCAGCAUGCCAGAUAUCCCGACGUAAAGGCAGAAAAGAACGUGCCCUUCUUUGGCAAAGUCUCAUAUGGCCUUGAGAAUUUGGAAAUUCACAAUCUGACAAUUGGUCAGAGCUCCUUUGAACUUCAUGCGGGUGAAGGCAUCGCCAUAGAGAUAAGCAAUGUAUCUGCAGCCUUCAGUGGGACCCUCUACUAUGGUUAUGGCGGCUUUCUAGUCAGUGUUGUUCAGUCAAUCAAUUUUGAGAUUGAGUUCCAGAUUGAUCUUGGAAUCAACCCCAAACUUUAUUGCGGCGAGGGGAAGGUAGCAGCAGACACAUCAUCUUGUUCCUUGAACUUUGACAAGUUGCGUUUGCACCUGCAGGGUGAUAAAGAACCAAACUGGCUCAAGAAGCUCUUCACUGACUUCAUCACAUUCACUGUCAAACUGGUUGUCAAGGGACAGGUUUGUAAGGAGAUCAACAAAGUGGCAAAUAUAUUAGCUGACUUCAUACAGGAGAGAGCAGAGCAAUUCCUCAGUGACGGAGACAUCAGUGUAGAUAUCGGCGUGACCACUGCGCCCACCAUCACUGCAAACUACAUAGAAUCCUACCACAAGGGAUUAACAAAUUACAAAAACACUUCUGCGGUGAUUUACGAGUCAGCAUUCAACCCCCAACAACUAACUGAAAAUAAAAUGCUCUACUUUUGGAUCUCAGAUGAAGUCUUAAACCCCAUGAUAACAGCUGCCCACCAAGAUGGUCGCUUCCGGCUCAACAUCACUGGACCAGAGUUAACUGAACUUUUCAAGACAGACCUCUCUACAAAGAUGCCUGAUUUUUUCAGAAAGUUCCUCACGGAAAGCAGUUUUCCCGAAUUACAUGUGUGGAGUUCUUCUGUGCCCUUUCUUAACACCUCCACUUUUGGGACAGCUGUCUGGGUUGAGGUCUCUGGUCAACUCCGGUGUGGAAGUCAAGACAUCCUAUUUUUUCAGACAUUCAAAACUACUGAUGUCACAGCUUCUUAUGCCAACAAAAAUGUCUUACUUCACGCCAAAUCAUCACAGGUUGUUACACUAAAGGCUGAAUUGUACCAAAAUCCUUUGUCAGAUCAAGGACAACUGGAUUUCAUCCAAGAAGCUGUGAUGAAGAUAGGCAUCCCCAAAGUGUUGUCUGUGCUUGAAACACAAAUCACUAGACUGUUGAACAAGCAGGGAGUACACCUCUUUGACAUCUACAACCCAGAGGUGCUUCCUCGGGAUGGAUUUGUGAUUAUACAGAUGGACUUUGGGUUCCCUCAUCACCUCCUUGUCGACUUCCUUAAGAUGACACUGCAGCAAACAGGCCAACCUCAGGAAUAGGGGAUCAAAAAUUGAACACGAAGUUUAGGAACAUUUAAAGUACCGUAUUUUCCGCACUAUAAGACGCAUCAGAGUAUAAGGCGCACCUUCAGUGAACGGCCUAUUUUAAAACAGCUUUCUUAUAUAGGGCUCUUUGCCUUAUAGAGAACAGUAGUAGUAGUAGUAGUAGUAGUGGUGGUUAGGAUUGCGUUUUACAUACACGAGAUGUACGUAUGAGGUGCUGCGCUAAAGGGAAUGUCAUCCCAUGAUUAACCAAUAUUGAUCCAUAUACAAGGCGCAUUGGAUUAUAUGGUGCACUGUCUGCUUUUGAGAAAAUUGAAGGCUUUUAGGUGUGCCUUAUAGUGCAGAAAAUACAGUACCUCAACCUAGUUUUGCAGGUAGCACUGCAAUUUGUAUAUACAUUAGUACAGUUGUAUGUUUAUUUGUGUGAUUGCAUUGGUAUUAGGGUUAAUAUAGCAAUACUUAGCUUGGUAAAAGUUUUUAAUUUCCUUGUUUGAUUCUUAUUGACUAAUCUUAAAGGGGAACUGAAGAGGUUUUCAGAUUUCGCUCUUAAGUGUUUUACUCAGUUGAAUUUUAUUAAAUGCGUCAUUCGCUCUCUCAAAAAGUCACUUAAAAAAAAAAUAAAUAAAUAAUUGACCGCGUAGUUUUUGAGUUAUGGCCAUAGCAACACCAUAGCAACGAGGGACGCGCCGUCCUGCCGACCCCUACCUCGUGACGUAACUUCCAGGAAGCCUCGCCACCACUCUGAACACGGAAAUAUAGCACCACGCCAUCCUCGCCAUAUAUUGCAAACAUUUUCUGGGUUUUACUCGCGGGAUUCGUCAUGCCAUCUCGAUGUGUAGCGAUAUGAAUUACUCACAGGAAGACUCGAGACUCUAGGAGUGGUCCAAAAAAAAACUUCCCCUGCAAAGGUUUGGACCGUUUUUGUUAGCAUGCAUACAGGUCCCCAAUCGGCUCAUUGUUUUCAUCAUUUCAGCCACGACAGCUUUGAAAACCUACAACAAUGCAACCUUGGUUUUCCAAAGACGUAAGUAGAACAUUAAUGGCUUUUUUUUUUUUUUAUAAACGAGGGAGACUCCUACUGCCAGUUUGUUGAAGUGCGACAUUUUUUUUUUUUGCUGUUGGCCUGUCGUAAGUAGAUAGGUUGGCUGACAUGUCGUCUACUCAUGUGAUUUUAUUACUAUAUCAAUAGGUGUUAUGUAAAUUCAAAUGUCCCCAGCACCAAAUAGGUCCUUGGCUCGUUGUUUUUUUUAUAUUUCAACAUCAAGGUCUGCCUAUUUGAAGAGGGAACAAUAGCAUCAAAUAGAUGCUGGUAUGACUGGGGCAUUAUUAUUUGAUCACCAAGAAAUUAUUAUUAAAUUAAAAUUAGGAUUCAUCCAAUAUUUUCAUGCUGCUGUGAUUUUUUUUUUUCCUCCAGGAAGCCAAACAUAUAAAAUUAAGUGGCGGAAACCCUCAACACGAUGAAAAAAGCGUUGCAAGUCAGUUGCCACCCAGUUUCCCAAAAUCAAGAGAGAGUGGGUCGAGUCAUAUGAUGACCGAAGUGAUGCGGUGUCCAGCGAUGACGACUGAAGAGAUCCUAUGAGGCCUGCCAGAUGCUGAAUUUCUUCCGUCUGCGACAUCAGAUGACGAUGAUUUAGGAGAAAUAAAUGUAGCAAAUUUUGAUGACAUGAAAUCAUAAACUAGUCAUAUAUACAGUACACAUUUUUUAAAAGAAAAAUCAAGUUACCUUCGUAUUUUAAUGAUAAUGCAUUAUCUUUGUAUAGAGAACACUUCAUGCUACAGAAAAGAGUAAAUUCAUAUUUCCCACUGCCAUUAUCAUUUUUCAAUGUUGCGCUAGUCCGUUGCUAUCCUAACUUUGUGUUGCUUACUAAAAUUAUGCUCUUUGAUGUGUGCCGUUGUGUGCUUGGUAUAACAUGUUGUGUCACAAUCUGACAACGAAAGCUAAUGCUGAUUCAACAUAAACCUGGUAUCAUUAUUGCGGCCUAUUGAAUAUUUUUUCAGAAUGUAAUAUAAUUACAAUAUUUUAUAUAACAAUAGAAUACAUUAAACAGUCAACAAAAUGUGUCAAUGUUGUUAACAAUUUAUGGUUUUAUUUUUUUUAAUGAAAUUCAUGCCCCUGUCAGUGCUUCAGCCUCUGCAAGUUUGGCUCUCACGUCUGGGAUCUCCUGAUGACACAGGCAUACUCUUGGAAGGGUAAUUACUUGAUGGUUUACAGCAACACCUGGAAAAUAAAAUGGUUUUGUCAUUUAUUUUGAAAUAUCAAUAACAUUUCAUUCAUUUACCCACAUUUGGGCUAGCUUUACCAUAUUUAGAUCGGUAGGAGCUGUCCCAUUACCUAAUAUCCAGUUUUAGCUAUGUGUAGAGCAUGGAAAAAUAUACAACCAUGUAAUCGCAUUCUAAUAAAAAAAAUCACGAUGCUGGACUUACCACUCACUCUCCCGUUCGUGAAGUGUCGAGCUGUCAAUUGGCGUCAUGACGCCAUCUGCUGUGUCAAGUAAAUCGCUGUCAUCUGACGCCUCAGGUUCAAACAUGUAGGGAUUAAUUGUAGUUCAUCUUUCCUGGGAGCCUUUGCCAUCGGUAGCGUCACGAAAGAGCGAUCCUGAAUGGUUACCUUUGGUGGAAAUAUCACUGACAUCGUUGUUGCUGCUAUGUUAGCUGUGGGUAGUCUUCUGUUGCCUACGUCACACUUCCGGGUUUGCGAAGGGACCAUUAACGGAGUGCAAAAAAAAUAAAAAAACGCAAAUUAUCCUUACAAUUACGUGUUGAUAAUGUCAUGGUUGUUUUGAGGAACUUGUCCCAAGUUUAUAUUCAUAAAAUUACACCAAAAUCCGGAAAGGUCUUCAGUUCCUCUUUAAUAGAGAUUUGUGUACAUCAUCCUCUAGUGGUUGGCCGCCAUUACUGGGGUGUUUGCACACCUAUAGCAGCCCAGCGUCAGUCAAUGUAAACUGUUUGCUGUGUGCUGUGGGUGGCACACCUCAGCAACGGCAGACGGGGUACUUUUGGUAGUUUUGCUCAUAUUAGUCAAUAUGUUGUAAUGUGUCUUGUGUUAACUUGUUGGAAUUAUUCAUCUGGAAAAAAAAACACCAUAUAGACAUCUUCAAUGAAUUCAGUGUUACAUUUGAUCAUAAAUUUCCCACAUUGUUCAUGUGUGAUUUGGAGCCCAUUUGAUUGGCUUUAUUCUAUGUGCCCGUAUGUACAAACAUGUUUGGGCAUUGGUUAAUUAAGCACAAUCAAAUCGAAAUAGAUCAAAACACCUAUGAACAUUGACAUUAUUUAAGUAUGCUAUUUUGCUAAAAAAAAAAAAAAAAAAAUGUUUUUUCUUUUAAAUGUCUGCACCAUUUCACCAACACAACUGUCAAAAACUUCAUUUAUUAUUAUUUUUUUGCUUCAGGAUAAAUGUUUUUAAUAUCGUAUUAAACUGAUCAAGGACCCUUAUAAAUAAUAAGAAUAAAAUCAUGGUAAACACCGUAAUAUAGGCAAAUAUCGCAUCGCUGUCCGGAGAACAGAUAUUGGAUCGUCAUGAAAUUGGUGUGUGUUCGUUGAAUGGCUCCCCCUUGACCCUUAUAAGUCCAAGUGCUGUAAAAUGGAUGAAUGGACUUGACUGUAGGCUUAGUAGUGCUCUCUGUGGGAGUCAUUUCCCAUGAAUGUGUCCUUCUGACAUCCUGCUCCUCCCUUACCUCUCCAUCCAGGGCCACAGAGCCUUGAGACCCUUCAAAUGAGCAACUGUUUUUCCUCAGUCUUCUUUUGUCAGUGAUAAAAUUCCUCGCAGCAACAUUCUUGACACUGUCAGGUAAUGAUCUAAACCAAACAAACUACAAGGUCAAGAUGGACAAAAGGCCAGUUGGUACAGAGUUAUAGGAGCAAUAUGUAAAAUUUGGACUUCAAUUAAUUAUUAAAAGGCCCUAAUAUUUUAAUAGACAUAAAAAAAUAAAAACUUUUUGGGGAAAUACCUCUAACACGGUUCACAAUGGUUAAACCAAAAUUUUCCCAUUAAAAGUCUAGAUUAAAAGAUUGUCAACCCCUAAAUGUAGUUUUGAUUCGUUCAGGUUGCCAAAGCUCUAUAGGUGUCAUAAACUACAUAUUAGAUUUUCCUUUUUUUUCUCUCCAGCGAUGCCAACAGUAGCACUACCAGUUUCACCAAUGAGAUGUCACAACAAUAAUCACAUGACUCAAUUAUAACUACACUCGAGAUUGCCAUUAUAUGAUCAUGCUGGCCUGUUCAAUCACGUGGAGUCGUUAAAGCACCGUUAAAAAAUGAAAUAUUUGACAUGGAGCACUGCCCUCAACAUGACUCGAAAGCAGGGAUUUUAACCUUUCUUUGAGACGUGGCUGGGGCUUUCAGCAUGACAAUGAUCCCAAACACACAGCCAGGGCAACAAAGGAGUGGCUUCGUAAGAAGCAUUUCAAGGUCCUGGAGUGGCCUAGCCAGUCUCCAGAUCUCAACCCCAUAGAAAAUUUGUGGAGGGAGUUGAAAGUCCGUGUUGCCCAACGACAGCCCCAAAACAUCACUGCUCUGCAUGGAGGAAUUGGCCAAAAUACCAGCAACAGUGUGUGAAAAGCUUGUGAAGAGUUACAGAAAACGUUUGGCCUCUGUUAUUGCCAACAAAGGGUACAUAACAAAGUAUAGAGAUGCACUACUUUUGGUAUUGACCAAAUAUUUUCACCAUUGAUUUGCAAACAAUUAAAACAAAAAUUAAAAACAAAACAAUGUGAUUUUCUGUAUUUUUUUUUUCUCCACAUGUUGUCUCUCAUGGUUGAGGUUUAACCAUGUUGACAAUUACAGGCUCUCUAAUAUUUUUAAG